AUGGGGCGGCCGCGGUUACAUCACCCGGCACCGGGGGGCACCGGGGGCACCCCCGGCUGUGCACGGGCGGGAUCCCCCCGUAACCACCGAGUACAGCGAGGGGGGGGUCCCGUGGGGGGUUUUGGCUGCUCUGAUUCCCAUCCACCUUUGUCCCCCCAGAAUUUCUGCAGCCGGGCAGCGCUGGAAGCCCUGGGCUCCUGCCUCAACAACAAAUACUCAGAGGGGUAUCCUGGGAAGAGGUACUACGGGGGGGCCGAGGUGGUGGAUGAGAUCGAGCUGCUGUGCGAGCGGCGGGCGCUGGAGGCGUUCGGCCUGGACCCCGCGCGCUGGGGCGUCAACGUGCAGCCCUACUCGGGCUCCCCGGCCAACUUCGCCGCCUACACGGCCCUGCUGCGGCCCCACGAGCGCCUGAUGGGGCUGGACCUGCCCGACGGGGGCCACCUCACCCACGGUUACAUGACCGACACCAAGAGGAUCUCGGCCACCUCCAUCUUCUUCGAGUCCAUGCCCUACAAGCUUGAUCCCGCCACCGGCCUGAUUGACUACGCGCAGCUGGAGGUGACGGCGCGGCUGUUCCGCCCGCGCCUGGUGAUCGCGGGCACCAGCGCCUACGCGCGCCUCAUCGACUACGGCCGCAUGCGGAGGGUGAGCGCUGCUCGGGGGCAGAGAGAGCUGCAGUCCCUGUGCCUCGGGGCUCAUUUGGUGUUCUGUGAUAUGAUAAUGUAUGGUAUUGAGGGGAGAGCCAUGGUGGGGAUGAGGUACACCCUGGUGUCAGGUGGCACUGACAACCACCUGGUGCUGGUGGACCUGCGGCCCAAGGGCAUCGACGGGGCGCGGGCGGAGCGGGUGCUGGAGCUCGUCUCCAUCACGGCCAACAAGAACACGUGCCCAGGGGACAGGAGUGCCCUGACACCCGGGGGGCUGCGCCUCGGUGCCCCCGCGCUGACCUCCCGCCACUUCCGCGAGGAGGAUUUCCGGAAGGUCGUGGAGUUCAUCGACGAGGGCAUCGCCCUGGCCUUGGACGUCAAGAGCAAAACCAGUAAGCUCCAGGACUUCAAGACUUUCCUGCUGCAGGACCCAGAGACGCAGCGGCGCCUGAGCGACCUGCGGCAGCGCGUGGAGACCUUCGCCCGUGCCUUCCCCAUGCCCGGCUUCAGCGACCACUGAGGGGGGCACAGCCCUCCUGCCAGGCUGGGCUCACUCUGGGGGGGUCACAGAGAGGCUCAGACCCACCCUCUGCCUUUCCCCCUCCUUUUCUUUCCUGCAUUCCUGGGGUGGGGGGCCCAUCCUGCUGUCAGGGUGCAGAGAACCCCCCAGACCCUGCUUGGGGUGGGGGGCACUGCUUGCUCCAGCAUUCAGCCUCCUGCCAGGCUGGGCUCACUCUGGGGGGGUCACAGAGAGGCUCAGACCCACCCUCUGCCUUUCCCCCUGCCCUUGUCCCCCCGUGGUCACCUUUGGGUGCCGUGUCCCUGGGGAGGGGGCCCAUCCUGCUAUCAGUGUUAGGGUACAGAGACCCCCCAGACCCUGCUUGGGGAGGGGGGCACUGCUUGCUCCAGCCUCAUCUUGCACUUUUCUACGGGGAGGGGUUGCUAAUAAAAGUGGGGGCAGA